AUGUCAAUAGCUGAAAUUUGGACAAAGAAGAUGAAAAAAUAAUGUGAUAAAAUAUUAGAAGAGAUGAAAAAGAAAUAAAAUAAAUAAAUGUAAAUUCAAUUAUUAACAUAGACUUGAUUUAUCAAAAUAAUAAUCAAUUGAUAAUAGAUAAAUUGAAGAAUCCAUAUAAUGUACACAAUAAUUCUACAUAUAAAGCUCCUAAAAAUGCUAGUGUGAUUUAAUAUAAAAACAAAAAGGUAGUAUAGAUAAAAUCCAUUUCAUAAUCCUAAAUUGUUACUUAAACUCCAAAACCAAUCAGAAAUAGAUUUGCUUCCAAUUUUCAUUUUGAGCCAAUCUAAUAUUCACCAAUUUAGCAAUACCAUCACAACAGUCAAAGUAUCAGCAGUAGUAUAUAUUGA